AUGCUCCUCGCUCCCCUCGCCCUCCUCCUCGCUGCUGCCGGCCUCACGGCCGGCGCACCGACCAAGCGCGCCGACCUCAACCCGUACCCGGACGGCCGGCGCCUCACCUUUGGCCCAGACGGCAAGUUCAAGCUGGUACACUUCACCGAUCUGCACUUUGCCGAGCGUGGCUUGUUCUACGAGUACUGGGCGCCGGGGGAUGAGCGGGGCCACAAAUCCGUCGGCGUCAUGGACGGCGUCCUCGCCGACGAGCACCCCAACUUCAUAGUCUACGGCGGGGACCAGAUCAACGGCGAGCACGCGCUGUACGACAACGUAACCACCUACCUCGACUGGGCUUACUCGCCGGCCUUGAAGUCCAACACGCCCUUUGCGAGCGUGUACGGCAACCACGACGAGAGCUACAACAUCUCGCAUCUGAUCAGCUUCGAGUACGAGACGCAGCGCGCGCCAGCGCGCCACCUGUCCUGGACACAGCGCAACCCCGAGUCGUCGCCCGACCCGCGCGGGGCGUUCAACUACUACAUCCCCGUGUACGCCAACGCCGGAGCCACUACCCCGUCGCUUCUGCUCUGGUUCUUCGAUUCCCGCUCCGGCGUCUUCUCGUCCGGCAAGUUCCUCAUCAUCGACGAGCCGUGGAUGACGGAGGACUGGGUGCACCAGCAGUCUGCCAAGUGGCUCAACGAGACCGCGGACGCGAUGAAGGCGGCGUGGGGGAAGCUGCCGAAGAGCCUCGCGUUUGUUCACAUUCCGCCCACGGCGGCCCUCACGAUCCAGACUAACGAGGUGACCCCGAAACUGGCGGAGCAUCCGGGCAUCCACGAGGAACCGACGACCAACCAGGGGCGGAAGGCGGGAUACUGGAAGAGCGUCGGCGACGGGCCGUUCUGGCAGGCCGUCAGCGGCACCCUUGGCGGCACGGACGGGCAGGGCCUGAUUGCCUUGACGGCCGGCCACGACCACCUGAACGACUGGUGCGGGCGCACGCCGGCCGUUGGGCCGUACACCUACUGCUACGGACGACACACCGGGUACGGCGGCUACGGUGACCUGCCCCGUGGCAGCCGCGUCUUCGAGGCGCGCCUCGGCAACAACGGCGCCCUCGCCAACGUCCGCUCGUGGAUCAGGCUCGCGGACCAUACGUCGCAGAACACGAACCUGCUUGUUGUUGAUGGGAACACGACGCUGGUUAACACCAAGGACCCGGCGCCGGCUUCGUAG